AUGUCCGUCUUUAAACUUCCUCCAAAGGGUAAGGUAGCUGUCUUAGGAAGUGGGAUAUCUGGAUUGACAUUCUCUUAUUUUUUAAGUAAACUUAGGCCAGAUAUUAAAAUUGCUAUCUUAGAACAGAAACCAAGAGCUGGAGGAUAUAUUAAGUCAGAUAAAUUACAAGGAGAUGCACUGAAUGAAAAUAUCAUAUUUGAGAAAGGCCCAAGAACUUUGAGAGGUGUAAGUUAUGGAUCUCUACUUAUCAUCGAUAUUUUGAAGUCAUUAAAUUGCAUAGAUCAGAUUGAAGCUAUUUCAAAGAACUCUGUAUCUAAUCGGAAGUUUUUAUUAGGUCAAGAUAAAGAUUUAAUCGAAGUACCACAUUCUUUCAAGAGUUUUGUUGAGUUCAUAAAGAGUGGGAUACUCUCAGGAAUACCCAAAGCCAUCGUAAGAGAGAGUUUCAAUCGUACAAAAUUAAAAGCGAAUGAAGACGAAAGUAUUGAAUCCUUCUUCGAAAGACAUUUUAAAACAAAGGUACUAAAUGACAGGGUCUUAAGUGCCAUUAUUCACGGAAUAUAUGCUGGCGAUACCUCGAAGCUAAGUAUUCGCUCGAUAUUUCCCAGACUCGUCAACAUGGAGAAAGAAAAUGGUUCUAUUAUUGCCUACAUGAUAAAAAAACUCUUUCAGAAGAAGGCCCCAGCGGCUCCACUUCCACAGAGUCUCAUCGAUUAUGAAAGAUACAUUUCAAAGGAAGCUGAUUUGGAUGGCUUAAUCAAGAAGUUGAGCAAUUACCCAAUGAUUAGAUUACGGGAAGGAUUAGAGAGUUUGGUCACCGCUUUAUCUGGUUAUAUAGCUAAGCAAGAAAACAUUGACGUGAAGUAUGAUACCAAUAUAUCUGAAAUUGACAUUGCUAGUGGAACAAUAAAAAUUAAAGGAUCUGAUCCGAUAACAUUUGAUCAUGUCAGGUCUACUAUAAACUCUAACAGCUUAGCACAAAUGAUUCCGAACGAUGCAAAAGAAGUUAAAGAUCUAUUACAUUUACAUUAUGUGUCUAUAUUCUUAUGUAACAUAUAUUCGGAAGGUCAUCUUAUACCCAAGAAUAAAAAUGGUUUCGGGUUCUUAGUUCCCAAGUCAGUUCACAAUCCAGAAAGUUUGCUAGGAGUGAUAUUUGACUCUGACAUUGAGCAAAAUUCAGUGCCAUUGUUCGAUGGUCCUAAAUAUGCAAAAGAAAUGAAUUAUAGUAAAGUUACCUUAAUGCUAGGAGGUCAUUAUUAUGACGAUCUUGGCAAAAUACCGUCAAGCUCAAUGAACCUUGAAAUUGUUGAAAAAAUAUUAAAUAACAUACUCCACUUCAAUACUGAAAAGCAUAACCUCAUUAUUAGAAAUGAAGCACUCGAUAAUGAGCCAUUAGUUUCAUUAAAGGCAAAUGAUUUGCUCAUAUCCUACACAUUCAUUGACGAUUGUAUUCCACAAUUUAACGUAGGCUAUGAUGAACAAAAACGAAAACUCCUAAAAGUUUUGGAUGAAGCAUCAAGAGGUAGGUUCUCGAUCGGUGGAACUAGUUUUGGAAAUGGCGUAGGAGUACCUGAUUGUGUCUUGAACAGCUUAGAAGCUGCUUUGAAAAUGAAAUAG